AUGACGCAUGUCAAUCCGAUGAACAACUACUUCAACCCCAACUCGAUGUACACAAAAGAGGAUUUCAGACGUCACUUUCGGAUGAGGCGUCAUGUCUUCGAGCGUUUACUUUGUGAUGUCCAGCAUGUCAAUCCAUAUUUUCGACAGAAACGGGACAGAGCAGGUCACCUUGGUUUCUCACCUCAUCAGAAGGUUACUGUUGCACUCCGAAUGAUGGCCUAUGGCUCCCAAGCUGAUUUGAUGGAUGAAACCCAUGUUUACAAAGAUGAGUACCUCCACGAGCUAAAUCAAGAAGAUCUGGAUCGGCUCCUUUGCAAAGCUGAAGGUCGUGGGUUUCCGAGCAUGAUAGGGUCAUUAGACUGCAUGUAUUGGGAUUAG